CAGCUCAGAGCAUGUCGCCUCCCGUCGCCGCGCCGCACCGCGGGAUCCGCCGUCGACCUUCCGCGCUGUUAACGUGAAGCCCGCCGCGCUCGCGUUCGAUAGCGCCUUUUCUCCCUCGCUAUGCUCGAGACGGAGGUCUGAGGAGACACAACUUGGCACAGGCUUGUCGUUUGCUGCCCGCUGCUGGAGCUGUUUGUUUGCAGGGGGGGCGAGAAAAAGUGCGAAACAAGUGUCAGCGAGCGAGCAACAGAUGUUUUUGGUGGAAAAUGCGUCCGCGUGAGGAAUGAGAGCAGCAGCGAGGCACCGGCGGCCCUUCCAGCGGUUCUGCUGCUGUGCAGUCGGGCUGGUCGCGGUCAUGUGGCUCGUCCAGGUCAUCCAGGCACCAGAGACGGAGUCUUCUGGCGUUCGCCCGGCCGUGAACGGGGGGGAGCUGCGAUGGACUCGCCGGCUGAUGCAGGAGAAGUCGGACAACCAGAGUGUGGAUCUGCCGCGAGCAGCCAUCCAUGAGUUUCCAGAGGACAUCUUUACAAAGGAGCAGAGGAAGAAGGGGGCCGUUUGUCUGCAUGCACUGUGUGCCAUCUACAUGUUCUACGCCUUGGCCAUCGUCUGUGACGACUACUUCGUCCCAUCCCUUGAGAAAAUAUCUGAGAACCUGCAGCUCAGUGAGGAUGUGGCCGGUGCGACAUUCAUGGCGGCAGGCAGCUCGGCUCCAGAGCUUUUUACCUCUCUCAUUGGUGUGUUCAUCACCAAGGGAGACGUCGGGGUCGGUACGAUCGUUGGCUCUGCCGUCUUCAACAUUCUGGUCAUCAUUGGCCUGAGUGGGAUCUUCGCAGGCCAGACGGUGGUUUUGACGUGGUGGUCGCUGUUUAGAGAUUCAUCCUACUACAUCCUCUCCGUACUGGCCCUCAUCAUGGUUAUCUACGAUGCCACAGUUGUCUGGUGGGAGUCACUGCUCCUCAUGACUAUGUAUGGGAUCUACAUCAUAAUCAUGAAGUUCAACUCCCAGCUGCUGGCGUUUGUGACCCGUCGUCUCAGGAGCUCCGGGCCGUGCUGCCUCGGCUCAGAGAAUCUCACGGACGACAAGACGGGGGAGGAGGCCUCCGCCUGCAACACCUCCAUGGUGCUUCUUAACAAAGGCCAAGGCAAUGGUCAGGAGGCUCAUCCAGUCAUCAUGGUGGAUGAGCUUCUCAUCCUCAACCCCCACAAGUUGUCCUUCCCUGACGCUGGCCUACGCGUCAUGAUUACGCCCCACUUCUCCCCCCGCACCAGGCUCUCCAUGGCAGGACGCAUGCUCAUCAGCGAGAGACAGAGGCUCGUCCAGAGUUCGAAGGGUCAGCGGGACGGCGAGACUAGCCCCGCGUCCCGAGCUGGAUCAACCAGUAACAGUCUGAAGAGGACGGGCUCCUGCACUCUGGAGAACGGCAGCAGGAGACCUGUGAUAGGAGCCACUGAGUCAGGAGACAAGCCUGGAGUAGGAGUCGAGCCUAACGGAGAGGAAGAGGAGGAGGAGGAGAAUCACAGGAUUUUCAGCCCUGUGCGCAUACCAGGUAGCUGCUGUGCGCGGGUGACGUGGAUGAUCAAGUGGCCUCUCGGCCUCCUGCUCUACUGCACUGUGCCCAAUUGCAUUCUCCCGCGCUGGCACCGCUGGUUCAUGGUCACCUUCGUGGCCUCCACCCUGUGGAUCGCUAUCUUCUCCUACCUCAUGGUGUGGAUGGUCACUAUCAUCAGUUACACACUAGACAUCCCAGACUACAUCAUGGGUAUAACGUUCCUGGCAGCAGGGACCAGUGUGCCGGACUGCAUGGCCAGUCUGAUUGUAGCUCGACAAGGGAUGGGAGACAUGGCGGUGUCUAACUCCAUUGGCAGCAAUAUCUUUGACAUCCUGCUGGGUUUGGGUUUCCCGUGGGCUUUGCGGACCCUUGUGGUGGAGCACGGAUCAUCGGUCUCCAUAAAUAAUAAAGGACUUGUGUAUUCUGUCGUCCUGCUGCUGGCAUCUGUGUUUCUGACGGUGAUGUGUGUUCAUCUGAACCACUGGAGGCUGGAUCGCCGACUGGGUCUGGGGCUGUUGUUCCUUUAUGCCAUUUUCCUGCUGUGCUCCAUCCUCUUCGGGCAGAUGUGAGGCCCUACGGUCAAAGGUCAACCCCUUUCAGACUACACGAUGAGUACGCGACGAGUACCUCGCUUUCUACCACACGUCCUCCUCCCCGAAGCCGAAAAAGGGCGACAGCAAUGUUCUUAUGAGAGUCUCUGUGCACCUCUGUAGGGCUGACGAGGGCAAUACUGCACACAUGCAACUACACAACCACACACACUAAAGUCUUUUAUCAAUAGCACAAUGUUUCUCCUAUUUGUACAGUGCUGCGUCGUUAAAGUAUCAAUUUGGGUGACUUACCAAAAUAUGACAUGGUAGAUGUAAAUAGCCGGCUUGUAAUAUAUAUAAUAAUAUAAUAUAAUAUAAAUACAUGUGGAAAAAGAAGUGACGGCAACAAAAAAUGGCAAAAAAUAUUUGGUAAAGGUUUUUUUAAAUGGAUCUGUCACCACUACUUAAUUAAAGCAAUAAGCCAUUCUAAUUGAAGAGUCUCGCUUGGUGUCACUUUUAAAUGUAUAAUAUUAUUUAUGUUAAUGCUCUGAAGGCUGCUGCAGCCCCGCUAAAUAACCACAGGGUUAAUUAUGAGUGGAUUUCAACAACAACACUGCAAUCAAAAGUUAUUUAUUAUAGGGAGUCUAUACGGUUUCUGUUGGUGAGGAGUGCUGAAUAGUGUGAACAUCUCUGGUAACAGGACACAGUUUGAAAACGUUAAUUUACGGUAGAGGAAAUGACAGACUGACAGCCAAAAGAAAUCACAAUUAUCUAGAAUGAAUUAGGAAACAGGAUGUAUAACUAAGAUCUGAAAUCCAUAGUUGCUUCUGGUGAAACUGGUCUUAAUUUGAAGAAACAAAUAAAGUUGCCUCAAUGAUUUGAGGAAUAUGCGGAGGAUAGUUUCGGUGAAGUUGGAACGUUUUUAUUAAAAUAGAAGAAACGUAGCAGAUUGAAAUAGUCUGUUGGCCUGUUUGUUUUAAAUGUAGAACCUGUACAAUAAGUGUGGAGAUUUUUAAAUCCAUUUAAAAAGUAGCACCUCCGAACCGAUGAUUUAGACUUUACUCCUACAAUAAAUGACCGCAUGUAUGUGUCAGUAGACCUUUAGAACAUACACAUCGAUAUGAAAAUGCACAUUAUUGUGACAAUAUUUUGACAAUUUUGUCAAACUACUUAUAAGCAAGUAUUGGUACAGCCUAAUGUACGUAAAGAGAUUGACGUAGUGUUACAGUAUUUUUAGACUAAUAUAUAUAUAAGGGACUUCUAUAAGUAUCACAAUCUUUGAUGACUUUGAGUGCAGGUUAGCUGUAAAACGUCACGUUUAGGUACGACAAUCGGUGUUUGUAUUGUUUCUUGUACAUUUUAUGAGAUUAUUUAACUUUGGUGGAAUAUUUUUACUGAUCAGGACAGAAGCGAACAUUAUGCACAGAUAAUGCUGUUUAUUCUAUGUGUGUAUACACCUGCUGCUCCUCUGUCCUUUUCACAGGAUAGAUUAAUGGAGCACGACAAUUUGGACAUAUUAAGAUAAUUCGAUUGAUAGAUUCAAGACUAAAUGUUCCACCAAAGGGAGCGGGGCAGUUUUUUCAAAUGGCUGCAUUAUUAUUAUCAUCAUCAUCAUUGUCUACUCGACAACACUUUUUACUGUUUGUAAAUGUUGAAUAAUUGACAUAGUUUUACAAUAAUGAAUGUCAUACAGAGACUAGUUUUGUGAUGUUUUUGAUAUUUUUAAAAGAAAAUCCAUAUAAUCUAAGCCUAUUUGUGAAUUAUUGUAACAAGAUGAAUGCAUGUCUGUUUGUUUGGUGGAAUUUGAAGGCUGUUCUGUCAGACUAGCACUGAUUUUAUGAGGUGUGAAUUCAAUUGCAGUUGUCUUGAAAUCUUUUCAGCACUAAGAUCUUUUAUUACAGUAUUGAUUCAUUAGAAAAACCUUAAUUCAGGCAUGAAAAGACACAUAAAAUGAAGCUCCGGUUUACAGGUUUGAAUUGGGUUUAAAAGACCAAUAACAAAGCUAUUAGUUUGUUAAUUGUUUGAAUCUUUGAUCACGCAAAACUGUAAUUUGCAGCUUAUGAAAUGUGAGGAUUUUCUCUUGAAAAAUGUUGACAAUGAUAGAAAACGUUUCUUCUUUCCUGCUUUUUAGUUAGCAAAGUGCCACUUUGAUGUACAUCCUCAACCAUCAUUAACUGACUGUGUUUUUUUUCCAGGAGAUGAUUUACAGCAGCUUAUGAUGCUACAUUGUGCUUUCACUCAGCCGUCGGCAGUCUCUCCUGUAAACUCUUGUAUUCAGAUCUACUAAUAAUCUCAAUACGCUAGUCAUUGCUACUGAGAAGCACAGCAGCACCAAAGCAAAGGGUUGAAUUCCAGUACUUCUGCUACUCAAAGAAUGUUCUCUUUAUUCUGCUGGGAUCUUAGGAGGUAGUGGCUGUUAAAGAGGUGAAAUGUAUUGCUUAGAGGUCGUAUUGGAUCAUAGACCUAUCUUGAGACCAAUAAAUAACGUGCAAUAACAA